GAGCAGACAAGAGAUUUAUGAUAUGGGAUACACGUAAUGACAGAGAAAAGCCAGCUUAUAACAUUAUUGCUCAUGAAAAGGCAGUGAACGCGUUGGCAUUUAAUCCACAUAAUGAGCAUGUAGUGGCAACUGGAAGCGUAGAUAUGAACGUGAGUUUGUGGGAUUUGCGCAACCUGAAAUAUAAGCUUCAUAUGAUGGAAUAUCAUAAAGAUGAAAUACUUUGUCUCAAAUGGGCGCCGUUUGACGAAACUAUCCUUGCAUCAUCAAGUGGAGAUCGUCGAGUAUGCAUCUGGGACUUGAGUCGUAUUGGAGAGGAUCAAACGGCCGAAGAUGCUGAGGAAGGUCCUUCCGAGCUACUGUUUGUGCACGGUGGACAUACUGACAGAGUAAGAGAUUUCUCAUGGAACCCUCAUACGCAAUGGGUCAUUGCGAGCGUCGCUGACGAUAACAUUAUGCAAAUAUGGCAACCGUCUAAUAGCAUCGUAACAACCGAGGAUCUCGACCCAUAA